AUGUGUGUGGUGUACGUACUCCGUAGUUGGUGCAGCCACAAGGUGGCCACCAGGUGGAAGAUGACCGCUUGCGAAAAAUCCGGAAGCCAAUCAAUGCUCCCGCGAAGGAUGGAUGGGAAGCGACGGGCAUCCUGUGAGCCAGAGCCAGAUCUGCUUAGCAUUGAUCCAGUCACCAGCCUGCGAGGCAGCAUCUGCAACAGAAAGGCUGACCGGCCACCGAAGCCCACACUCAUCAACUCCCGGACUUUAUGCAAACAGCUUGCCAAGCGCCACAAAGGCUCCGACGUCAGCUACGAGACCAUGACAAGAGAAGAAUGGAAGAAGCUGCACAUCACAGGUCACAGGAGGCCUAUGACGAUGGCUCACUCAGUAUCGCUUAGGGAGGGCGAGCGGUGGCAGCAAGAGCACGGAGCAGUCAGUCACCAACAAGGCACCGGGCCUCUGAUUGACAGCGAGAAAGCUGAGAAGGGAAGUAAGUGA